AUGUUACAAUCCAUUUCUUUCUCACGCGUUCUCUCUGCCUGCACGGGAACACUCGUCCCAGGUAGAUUCUUCUCCAUCUCCGCUUCGUCGCGGGGUCCCAAGUCUCUCCCUUCCCGGAUAAAGAUCGAGCAUGCCGAUCUGACAGUAUCAUACGUCAAGGGCACCGGCCCUGGGGGACAGAAGAUUAACAAAACCAACUCCGCCGCGCAGCUAAUCCACAAACCCAGCGGGCUCGUGGUGAAGUCGCAAGCUACUCGAUCGCGGUCUCAAAAUGAGAAGAUCGCGCGACACAUCCUGGCUGAUAGAAUCGAACAGCUACAGAAAGGAGAUCAAAGUCGUUUAGCUAUCAAGGCCGAUAAGGCACGGAAAAAGAAAGCUAGUAAAAUGAAGAAGAGUCGCCGGAAAUAUCGUGAAUUGGCGGACAAUCUAGAAACUCAGGGGAGAAACGGCUAUGACCGAGAAGGAAAGCCAACUCAAGGACAGUCGGAUGGGAAGGAGGUGUCUCAAGAUCACCCUAAAACGGCACGGCUGUCACCAUGA